GUUAAUGACAACAAGCUAUUUGUGGCCAGCACUGGUUGGCGCUAGCUAGCUAGAUGAAUUACCCCUUGUUCAAAUUUGCUAGCUAAUUCAAGUUUUCACCCCAAACUCCGCUGGUUUACUAAACGUAAUUAGUAUACUAAACGCAGAACCCGUUGCCUAACAUUUACAGUAGUAACCGCCCGGGUGGAUAUAAAAACAUGGCAGAGGAUGGUCGAAGGGAAGACGAGGAUGAACGGAGUCCUGCAUUACAGCACCAGAUGUUUGUGGUUAUGGAGGACUUGUUAGAUAAACUAAAACUGUUGGACUAUGAGGAACAAGUCCUUGAAAAGCACAACAUGAAACCUCUAUCCAGGCAUUAUUUUGUAGCAAGUUCGUACACAGUGAGUAACCCUGGUGAACAAUUCUACAUGUUCAGUGUCAUAGCAGCGUGGCUCAUAACACUGUGUGGCCGGUUGUUUGAAACACCACAGGAAUAUGAUGACCCCAACAUGAUUGUGUCAAACAUCCUGACGCACCUUAGGGCACAGGGUGGGCUGGUUGACUUCCCUCCAUCUAAGCUGAAGUCUGGUUCUGGUGAACAUGUGUGUUAUGUCUUGGACCGCCUGGCAGAGGAAGCCCUUAGGUGUGGACAGUUUGUCUGGAAGAGGCCUCUCUAUCCCUCAGAGGAAUUGGAAGAGGAGUCUGUGAUAGAGGAUGAUGCUGAGCUCACACUCAGCAAAGUGGAGGAGUUGACUGAGGAGGCUGAAGAGGAAGAUGAUGUUAUUGAUCUGGAGGAACUGAAGUCAAGAACUAAUGAGGUGAGUGGGCUGAGACCAGAGAUGAUCCUGGAGUCAGUGACUGAUUCUGCCGAGUGGAAUCUGGAGGUAGAGAGAGUUCUGUCCCAGCUCAAAGUCUCUGUCCGCACAGAUAUUAAGGAUUGGCGGAGCCAUGUGAACCAAAUGCUUCAGCACCAGGAUGGCAUCAAAAGCUCUUUGAAAGAGGCCAAGGCAUAUCUGGAUAAACUGCUGGAGGAGAUCAGUAAAACUCAGGAGAAAGUGAACAGCAGAGAGAAGUAUAUCAACACACAGCUGGAACACCUAAUCACAGACUACAGGAAUGCACAAGCAAAAUUCUGUGAGGCCAAGGAGCUGUAUCAGCGGGGCAGUGGAGGGGUGACUGAGAGAACCAGAGCUAUAGCAGAGAUCAGCGAGGAGCUUGAGAAAGUCAAACAGGAGAUGGAGGAGAAGGGUAGCAGCAUGUCAGAUGGCGCUCCAGUAGUAAAGAUCCGGCAGAGUCUGACCAAGUUAAAGCAGGAGAUCCAGGAGAUGGAUGUGCGUAUGGGGGUGGUGGAACAUACACUACUGCAGGCCAAACUCAAGGAAAAGAACAAAAUGACCAGAGACAUGCAUGCCACACACAUCACAGAGACUACUACACAAACCUACUCAUAACCAUACACUAUACAGUUGCAAUCAUGACCUGUUUUCUAUGUCUUAUUUUAUUGAAUAAAGAUUUCUGAAGACCA